CGCCGGUGGCGCCACGCAACGUCAGCUCAUUCCACUUCUUUCGACUUAAGCAACAUGGCAGCAUUGCUUGCAUCGGUCAACGACACGAAGGUGCUCAUCGCGUGCUCGGCGAUCCUCACGGUCAAGUUCUACAUCUCGACGAUGAUUCAGGGCGGGAAGCGCUUCGCGGCAGGCACGCGCCCGCCGGAGGACCAGAUCCUGACCAACUUGAACCCGAAGAACCAGAAGCAGAGCUUUGGCGUGCGCCACGAAGCCGAAGCCAAGACGGACGACGACAGCAAGACGAAGAAGCCAUUGAACCUGACGCCGUCGGACCGCGCCAUUGAAGCCGACCUUCGCUGGGAGCGCCUCGUGCGCAACGACCUCGAAAACAUCCCGAUCGGCCUCCUCUCGGCGUGGGCCGCCGUCAACUCGGGUGGCAACCCCCUCGUGAACAGCGUGGCGAUCGUCAUUUUCACUGUCGGCCGCGUUGCGCACACGUUUGCGUAUGCGAACAGCCUCCAGCCCCACCGUGCGUACGCGUGGAUGGCUGGCGUCUUUGGCACGCUCGUGCUCGUCGGCAACAGCAUCGCUGGCAUCGCGCUGCAUUAAUUCUGCGUCCCUGACGCCAUUUUUAACCAAUUUAACACUCUUUCAAUAACUCUCCCAUGGUCCACCUUUCACUCGCA